UGUUUGACGUGUUACUGUUGAGUGCCAAGUAUCUCAACAUUUUGAGAGAGAAAAUACAAAGAAGGAGGUAGAAUAGAAGUACACAGAGGAACAUGGCCAUCACAGACUGUGUAUGGAUUUUGUUGAUGAUUACUGUCCAUUUGGUCGAUGUCUCACUCUCGGACUGUAAAUUUCCCGUACACAAAACAGACCGAGAUCUGCAGAAACGCAUACAACCACUAGUGGGAAAAACCUUCAGUGGCAAAGAUGCAUCACAAGAAUAUGAAUAUUUCUUCGGUGUGUGUACUGAAGCUUUAAAUACAUUACCCGGUGGUGAAACAUAUGGGCUCUUACAACAAGCCACGGACACAAAAUGGUUUCAUAAAAUAGGAAAAUAUACAAACGCAACAAUCAUAUCAGGAAGUGAUUGGAUGAUCUUGGAGUACCUGGAUGGGGAGAGGUAUCAUUCACACUGUAAUUCCGAGCCUCGUAGGGGGCGCGUCUUGUUAAAAUGUGAUCGUAAUGUUCGUGUAGGGGAGGAGGAUCUGAUUGUUUUAGAGGAAGAGAACAACAAAACUCAGGAUUGUUUCUAUUUAUUUGAGAUGAAAACCAGCGUGGUGUGCCCCAAAGAACAUGACAUGGAUUCCAUAACAAUUUACAACAUAUGAUGAAUAUGGACAGUACUUGAACACCACUUAUAGCUUAGUUCUUGGAAGCCAUUCAUAUUUUUUUCUAUAAACAAUAUUGCCGAAAAAAAAUUCCCACAAUAUGGUGUCAGACUCGAACAGCAAUCAACAAUACUCUUGUACCACGAUUUCAAAUGUUUGUGGAGAAUCAUAUUGAAUUUGAAUAAGAAAAAACUAUGCUGCUGAAUUUGUAUUUAUUUGUAUUUAUUCAUAAUCUUUUUUUAUAAUUAUCAUUUUAUAAUUUAUAUGUUCUUUUAGAAUCUCGUUUAAUGUGUUUGUCUUUCAUUCUAAGAAAAAAAAUGAACUCAUGUUUUUUAUGUGCCAAUCUUAUGUUUUAUGUGCCAUUUCCUGAAUAAACAAACAAAUAUAUGCUUUCAUA